CCUCCUUCUCCUUCUCUUUCUCAUUCUCUUUUCUCUUCAUUUCCCUUUUUCACACAUUCACAAUGGGUUCUCUCGCAAACGGUUCGCAGCCUGGCACUUUCCUUUUCACCUCCGAGUCGGUUGGUGAGGGUCACCCCGAUAAGAUUGCGUCUCCGAUGCCAUUCUCGAUGCCUGUCUGGCUGAGGACCCCCCUCUCCAAGGUCGCUUGCGAGACCGCUACCAAGACUGGUAUGAUUAUGGUCUUCGGUGAGAUUACCACCAAGGCUCGUCUGGACUACCAGAAGAUCAUCCGUGGCGCUAUCAAGGACAUCGGUUAUGAUGCUUCCGAGAAGGGCUUCGACUACAAGACUUGCAACGUCCUCGUCGCCAUCGAGCAGCAGUCGCCCGAUAUUGCCCAGGGUCUGCACUACGAAGAGGCUCUUGAGAAGCUCGGUGCUGGUGACCAGGGUAUCAUGUUCGGCUAUGCCACCGACGAGACCCCUGAGCUCCUACCCUUGACCAUCCUCCUCUCUCACAAGCUCAACGCUGCCAUGAAGGCUGCCCGUAACGACGGCUCCAUCCCCUGGUUGCUCCCCGAUACCAAGACCCAGGUCACCAUUGAGUACGCUCACGACAAUGGUGCCGUCAAGCCCCUGCGCGUUGACACCGUCGUUGUCUCUGCCCAGCACAGCGACGAUGUCUCCACUGAGGAGCUCCGUUCCGUCAUCAAGGAGAAGAUUGUCCGCAAGGUCAUCCCCGCUGAGCUUCUUGACGACCGCACUGUCUACCACAUCCAGCCAUCCGGCCGCUUCGUCAUCGGUGGUCCUCAGGGUGAUGCCGGUCUCACUGGCCGUAAGAUCAUCGUCGAUACCUACGGUGGUUGGGGUGCUCACGGUGGUGGUGCUUUCUCCGGAAAGGACUACUCCAAGGUCGACCGCUCGGCCGCCUACGUUGCGCGCUGGAUCGCCAAGUCUCUGGUCAACGCCAAGCUUGCCCGCCGUGCCCUCGUCCAGCUCUCCUACGCCAUUGGUGUCGCUGAGCCCCUUUCCAUCUUCGUUGAGAGCUACGGCACCUCUUCCAAGACCUCCGACGAGCUGGUCGAGAUCAUCCGCAACAACUUCGAUCUCCGUCCCGGUGUCAUCGUGAAGGACCUUGACUUGGCCAAGCCCAUCUACGCUCAGACAGCCAAGAACGGCCACUUCACCAACCAGGAGUUCUCCUGGGAGUCCCCCAAGGCCCUCAAGUUCUAAGCGGGCUUUGCUGUGAUCCGGUGAUGCCGGACAUAUUUUGACGACUUUGAUGAGUUUGCUUUGUUUUCAACAACUCGAAGCACGAUGAGCAUAGAAUUAAAAAACCCUACAAAAUCCAGAAGUUGGCUUCCGCUUGGGGUCAACUUCCUUGUUUCAUUAUCUGCAUGGUCGCGCAAAAGACGGGCCUUUCGGCGAAGACAAAAUUCAACAUGAUACCACUUUUCAUCGGCUGGGAAGGAAGUUUUUGGCGUUUUUCAGGAGCGACAGUCUUCAACAACCUCACAAUACCUCAACACCGUCCACGGUGCUUCUCGAGAAUCAGUUGGUCCUGCUUCCACACAGGGCUAUUACUCUCUCGAUGCGAUAUAGUCUGCGUAGCGCUCUCUGUGAGAGUGCUCGAGGCUCUUCGUAGGUCCUGGACAAGCUAAUCUAAACAUUAGCGAUAGAAUAAUCAUACCUUCACAUCUAUCACAUUUACCACUGGUUUGGGUUGCACCUUAUUUCCUUCGUAGC